UACUAUCAAACGGGUCUUGCGCAUGCGUAGUAGUCAUCGGAUGAUGCUUGGCGCGCUUCCUGCGUGCUCUUGCAGAGUGUGCGUGCCUUCCGCUUAGUGCUCGUCCUCAUCAACAACAACAACAAUACCCGGACUAAGCCCUGUUCCCUUCCAACAGACGGACACCCGGUGGGACGCAGCCCUUACGGCCUGAGUGAAGAUGGCAGAGACAGUCAAGUACGUUGACGAUGAACAUAAGAGCAUCUUCCUGAAACUUCUGAACGAGCAGCGUCUGGAGGGCGAACACUGCGACAUCGCUGUCGUGGUGGAAGAUGUCAAGUUUCGUGCUCACCGCUGUGUCCUCGCUGCGUGCUCCCACUACUUCAAGAAGCUUUUCAAGAAACACGAGGUGGACAACUCGUCGGUCAUCGAGAUUGACUUCAUUCGCUCCGACAUCUUUGAGGAAGUGUUGAACUACAUGUACACGGCCAAAAUCUCCGUCAAGAAGAGAGAUGUCAAUCUGAUGAUGUCAUCAGGUCAGAUACUCGGCAUCCGAUUCCUGGACAAACUUUGCUCCCAGAAACGAGACAUGUCAGCAGAAGAGAAGGACAAGUUUCCCUACGACAUUGUGAAAAUGGCGCUGCCGCCUGAAGCCCAACUCGCUGCAGAUUCUGAGGUGCUCGGGGAACACGAUGACACGGGCACUGAUGACCUUGUGGAAGCAUCAGCCAAUCAGGAGCUGGAUAAAUCUCCCAGCGCUUCACUUCGAGUCCAGGAAGCUAUUCUGAAAGAACUGACUAAUGACGACGUGCACAAGGUGACCUGUUAUGACCAGGAUGUGGUAACAGAGAUGGAGGCGGAGCCUAAAGACCUUGGUUCAGAUCAUCACAGCACUCAGACACUAACAUUUACAGACAGUAUGGGCGGAGUCAAGGACGAGCAGCCGCCUGGUUGGACGACGACAAGCACCGAUAUGAAGUUUGAAUAUUUGCUGUACGGACACAGAGAACAAUUGAGCUGUCAGGUGUGUGGGAAGACUUUCCUGGAUGAGAGCAGACUGAGGAAGCACGAGAAGCUUCAUUCAGCAGAGAGACCUUUUGCCUGUGAGAUCUGCACCAAAGCUUUCACCACACACGCUCACCUGAAAGAGCACUUGAAGAUCCACACGGGCUUCAAACCGUACAGAUGUGACGUUUGUGGGAAGUCGUUCAUUCGAGCUCCAGAUUUGAAAAAACACGAGCGCGUUCAUAGCAACGAGAGACCGUUCUCCUGCCAGAUGUGUGAUAAGGCUUUCAAACACAAGUCUCACCUGAAGGAUCAUGAGAGGAGACACAGAGGAGAGAAACCGUUUGUUUGCCAAUCCUGCACUAAAGCCUUUGCCAAGGCGUCAGAUCUUAAGCGACAUGAGAACAACAUGCACAAUGAGAGGAAGCAGAUGAAUCCACUACAGAGCGACACAGAGACGCUGCAGGCUGCUGCCAUGGCAGCAGAGGAGCAACACAUGGACAUAGGCUCCGCCCCCUGACACAUGCUUAACACUAGUGCUACCUCAUGACACCAGAACAACAUCAGCUCCGGUCACUGACAUCUGGGAGACGUCAUCUGCUCCUUUUUUUCGCUUCUGCUUUUGUGGCAACAUUUUUUUUCUUCAUCAAAAACAGGAAGUGAUCAGAAUCAGUCAUGUGACACACACGGCUCAGACCAGGACUCACGCCACUGUUUCCUCAGUUGAUACAGACAUGGAAGUGAUGAAAAGCAAGAUGGCUAAGAAGAACACUGCCCCCUGAAGGACAUGUGACAGGAGCGCUUAUGUUUUGUUUUUUAACAACUGUCCUGCUCUCAUUCACAUCAGUUACUGUUGUGGUUUUGUUUGGAUUAAUUAGUUAUUUUUAAAUUAAAACAAAUCAAAUAAAAAAAUGAUACAAGUCUGUUUUUUUAAGCCAUCAAAAUGUUUAAUUUUUUUUUAAAGAACAUGUCGUGAAAUUUUUGUUUUGAGCCUCAGAGAAAUUUCCUAAUAUAAUUUAUUAAAAUAUGAAUGUCUGAUAUUAACAUGACUGUUUUAUCUAAAUCUGUCUAAAAUGUAACUCCAACAACUAACCCAAAUAUCUAACUAACCAUGAAAUUAUAAAACCCUAUCGAGCAAAGGGAUACACACCAUCCUAGCAAAGGGCAGGGUUGCUGCAGGUACACACACCACCACACACUCCUAGUGGCUUAUCAGAAGUAUUUCUAUUUAUUUAUUCUAUUUAAUUACAUUUUCAUAGAAAUUCCUCCAUGCUCCACUUUACCUUCUGAAUAUUUUAUAUGUAUAACAUAAAUAUACACAUAUAGACAUAUAUGUGUUUUCGAUAUAUUUUAUAUUUAGCAAAUUUUUUUGUUUUAUUGUUUUUCGUUAUCCUGCUGUUGUUCACUACAGUACACAUGAGUACUGGGUCCAGACUUUUCAGUUCUCUUCAAAAUAAAAGGCACAUGUACAGUAGAUAAUAGCAUCUUUAUUACACUGAAAUAUAAAAGUAUAUAUAUAUUUAUAUAUAUAAUUAUCACUAUCCUGGUGAGACAGGACAAAGUCAAGAAGACAACUUGUAGCCUCAGUUGUAGCAGGUUUCUCGUUGUCAUAUGUCAGAAAAGAAAAAAAAGAUUUUUUAAAAGAGUCAAGCGGGAAGGCCACAGUGAUGGGUUGCCAUUAACUUUGUGCACAGAUGUGUAUGAAAGGAGGCAAAAAACAAA